GGCGGCGGCGGCGGACGCGGCCUGAGGGAGCGGCGGGCGGGGCGGCGCCUGGCCCGGCUCGCCCGUGCCGGCGGGGGCGUCCAUGGCGCGCGGGCCCCCGUGGGGUGCGGCCGCGGCCUGAGGGGCCAUGUCCGGGGUAGUGCGGACCCUCAGCCGCUGCCUGCUGCCGGCCGAGGCCGGGGCCCGCGAGCGCAGGGCGGGCGCGGCGCGCGACGCGGAGCGCGAGGCCCGACGGCGCAGCCGCGACAUCGACGCGCUGCUGGCCCGGGAGCGCCGCGCCGUGCGCCGCCUGGUCAAGAUCCUGCUGCUGGGCGCGGGCGAGAGCGGCAAGUCCACCUUCCUGAAGCAGAUGCGGAUCAUCCACGGCCGCGAGUUCGACCAGAAGGCGCUGCUGGAGUUCCGCGACACCAUCUUCGACAACAUCCUCAAGGGCUCCAGGGUGCUUGUGGACGCGCGGGACAAGCUUGGCAUCCCUUGGCAGCAUUCUGAAAAUGAAAAGCACGGGAUGUUCCUGAUGGCCUUUGAGAACCAAGCGGGGCUGCCCGUGGAGCCAGCCACCUUCCAGCUCUAUGUGCCUGCCCUGAGCGCUCUCUGGAGGGACUCGGGGAUCAGGGAGGCCUUCAGCCGCCGCAGCGAGUUCCAGCUGGGUGAGUCUGUGAAGUACUUCCUGGACAACUUGGACCGGAUUGGCCAAUUGAACUACUUCCCCAGUAAGCAGGACAUCCUGCUGGCCCGGAAGGCCACCAAGGGCAUCGUGGAGCAUGACUUCGUCAUUAAGAAGAUCCCCUUCAAGAUGGUGGACGUGGGUGGGCAGCGGUCCCAGCGCCAGAAGUGGUUCCAGUGUUUUGAUGGCAUCACCUCCAUCCUGUUCAUGGUGUCGUCCAGUGAGUUUGACCAGGUGCUUAUGGAGGACCGGCGCACCAACCGCCUGGUGGAGUCCAUGAACAUCUUUGAGACCAUCGUGAACAACAAGCUGUUCUUCAACGUCUCCAUCAUCCUCUUCCUCAACAAGAUGGACCUGCUGGUGGAGAAGGUGCGGAGCGUGAGCAUCCAGAAGCACUUCCCCGACUUCCAGGGUGACCCGCACCGGCUGGAGGACGUGCAGCGCUUCCUGGUCCAGUGCUUCGACCGGAAACGGCGCAACCGCAGCAAGCCGCUCUUCCACCACUUCACCACUGCCAUCGACACGGAGAACAUCCGCUUCGUCUUCCACGCUGUGAAGGACACCAUCCUGCAGGAGAACCUGAAGGACAUCAUGCUGCAGUGAGACGGGGAGGGAGCCCGUGCUGCCCGCGCGGCCUCACCCAGUGCCCCGGCCGUGCCAGUGAGCCAGGGGCAGCAGGACCCGGCAACUGUCGCGUCACGUGAGCUACUGAAUCUGGGGCCCGGCAAAACUACUGAAACUCCAGCCUGUAGCACCUGGUAACAGCUAGCUUGCUUCUCACAGGCACCUGCUCCCUUCCCGACACCGUGUCAUCAGGGCAGGGGCGCGCACGCGCUCUAGUGACAGAGUGCGUGCACACCCCUUGGCCUGGCACACCAACCCCGAAGCUCCGCCUCGACAGCUUGCAGAGGAACCCGGGCUGCUCAGCCCAGUGCCCGAGCCGCCCUCCGAGUGAGCGUGCCGUGCUGCCUUUAACUUCACACCAGUGCCCGAGGGGCCCUGCCGGCCCCACUCCCCGCUGUGGGCCACAGGGUAGGGGUCCUGCACCUGCCUUGUCCCCAGCAACAGCUCAGCCUCAUCAGCAUGCCCAGUGACACACCAGGGACAGGAUGGCUGCUGGCUGCAGCUGUCAGUCUGCCCCCAUGCCUACUGCCAUGGUGCUUUUUCCUCCUUGAUCCUUCCCCCCCAGUGGCAAAGCUGAAAACCCAAGUGGCCUUACAGAUGCCCCUUGACCUCAUUGGGGAAAAAUAGGGGCUAGAGUAGCUGGCACAGCACCCCCAAACUCCUCAUGCCACAGCUGCCCAGGGAGUCCCUGGCAGCUGGCCUUUCAAGUGGCCAAAAAGCCCAGAGCAAUCCCAGUAUCUGCACACUGCCCCCCCACCACCACCAACGCCUUACACAGCUGCUCCCCAAUUUCCUAAGCCUGACUGCGGUCGACUGCCCCACCCCCAUGGCACACCCAGGGCGAGGGAGCACCGUCAGGCCCCUGGUCAGAGUGAGGCUGUGCCUGGCUAAGCUCAGCUUGCGUCUAUGCCCACCAGCCCGGAGGGCACACAGGUGCCACACUGCAUUCCAUAGAAGCCUGGUGCAGGGCCUAGCUCUUUCCCCAGUGACUCCACAACAGAGAAAACACCGCAAAGCGCAGUGUGGGUGGCUUCCUAACACCGGCCCAGGUCCCCAGGCUGCGCCGGCCAUACUGCACCUAACCCACCUGACCCCAGCAAGCAGGCAAACGUGAAUCCGUGGCAGUUGCUAAAUGUGGUGGCGUGCUCUGAGCAGGCCUGGUGACCACGGCGCAUACUAGGAAACAGUGGAGCAUCCUGCUUGAGGCCCGCGCGCGCGCAGAUAUGUGUGAUUUCACUCCUCUCUGGCUGCUUCUGGUUUCCUCUAGCUGUUACAAGUGCAAGGGAUGUGGCUAGGCCCAGGUUCAGAGGACGUAAGUUGCCCAGGGUUCUUGGAGGGGGUGCACGGGGAUGGACAGAGCCUGGCCCACAGUGUAGGUUCCUCGCCCAGUGUCCGUUACGGUGAAGAACAUGAGCCCAGUUAUUCCUCCACCUUGAGGGCAUGCCUGCCUGGCUCUGUUGGAGGUUGCUGGAAGGACGUGGGGGCUGUCCAUGCCAGGGAGCGAGAGCCCUGGCUCUCUGGCAGUCUCUCGGACCCAGAUGCUCCUGAGGGGAGCUGCACAGCUACCGCUUAGCAGAUGGUAGGUGAACGGUGAGGCCCGUCCUAAGCUCAGCCUCUGGCCACAGCCCCAACAGCUGGGCCUGCGUGGCCCCCUUUCCCAUGUCCUGAGACACACCCAACCCUGAACUCAGAAGUAUUGUCCGUGCAGAAGGGAACUGUCACCACCUAGGCCAACACCCUCUACAGCUCGCCCCACAUAGAUCGUAGCCCUUUCUCCUCAGCCUUAGGCUUUUGUAUUUUUAUUUUAUUUCACUGUUACUCUGUUGUUUUUUAUUGUGAUGUUGGAGAAGCGGGGUGGGAGGGGUACCUCUAUUGCAAAAAGUGUAACAAUAAACUUCCUCGAAAUAAGACCUCUUCCUCAUCCUUACACUGUUUUAAACUGAGAACUGCAUGUAGGUUUGUUACGGAACUAGACUUUUAACUCCUCUGUUUGUAGAGAAAUUAUUUCAAAGAUUUUGCGUCCUAGCUCUGUAAUAUAAUUUAUAGAGAUCUCUAGAGUUCCUAUUCCUGUAACUUUCCUACUUCUUUGAUAAAAGAAAAAUGAGUCAGGUUGUUUUAACUCCAAGUUCAAAAUAAUAAUAAUAUUCAAACACACUGGUGA